AAGUAUUUGGACAGUGGUAAAAUUUAUUUUCUUUUGGCUUCUUGAGGAAAAGGUUUAGAAAGCUCUCAGCAUCAAUUGCUCUUUGCUUCUGCAGUGAAACCAUCACACUGGCACACAGAACGUGAAGGAUCUGAUGUGACCAUGAGCUGUGAGGUAUCCCACCUUCCAGAUUCAGCUACACUGGCCUGGGAACGGGACAGAGAACCCACUGCUAACACAACGCUGAUCUACAACAACACUGCCCACAUCAUCAUCCACAGUGUUGACCAACACAGUGAGGGAACCUAUGACUGUACACUCCGACGGAACGGAGCGCUUAUUUUGAGCGUUCCCAAUGAACUUAAAGUCACCAAGGGAACAUUUGUAACACAUGACACUCUGUACAGAGGGAGUCUGAACAGCAGUGAGGAGGUGCUAAUCUGCCAUUCUCUGAUCUCAUACACAAAAGCCUCCUGGUCUUGGGUGCCAGUGUCUGAGACACUAGAAAUCCCUGUGGCCUCAGCUGUUAAACACGAGAAGGCUUCAAUUUCCACGGAGAUGGAUAAAGAGAGAGUCUCAUCUGAUGUCUUUGAUGGGUACAAGUUUCCUCUGAGAAUCUCACCAGUGAAGUUUGGAGACAGUGGAAUGUACACCUGUUAUUAUGACAGACACGUGCCGGCUGCAGUAACUCUGGUAACUAUUCAGGUCUCAGCAGAGCCCCCUGGUGGUCUGUCCAGGAAUCAGCCAGUUGUGCUGAACUGUGAGAUAUCGCAGGUGAUCGAAUCUGUGACCUUGGCCUGGCCCCCGAUGAAGGGGGGCAGGGGGGAGCUCGUGAACCUGAGUCAGCCCAGCCUGAGGAGUGACCAGAGCAGCAAAGCCCUGCAGGACCAAUGCAAUGGUCAGCACCUUGGAGAGAGCCCGGCCAGGAGAAUCAGCACCAAGGCCGGCAACAACGGGGAGAGGCGCGUGGGGAAUGCGGGCACUCAAUACGAACCGUCUCUGAUUGGACAGGCGCAGCUGGACUGCGUUCAAGAGGGAGAGAGACGCCCUACAAAAGGCCGGGCGCGAGGACAGAGCGGGGCUGAGUACUAA